AUGAUGUUUGUGUCCUGGUCAGAUCAGAACAACAUUCUCAUCUACAGGACGUUUGAAGACUUUAAGAAAUUCCAUAAAACACUGAAGAAAAAAUUCCCCACUGAGAAUGGGUCACUGAGGAGUUUACCCAGGUUUAAAGGUAUAGCUAUGCAGCAGAGGAAGGCUGGGAAGCUGAACAGGUGCCUGGAGAUCAUGAAACUGCUGGAAAAGUAUUCCCAGGAGCUGCUGAAAAUGGAUGUGAAAAUCUCCCAGGGGGAAGAGGUCAAUCAGUUCUUCAGGGCACAGACUCAAGACCUCGAUCCCUCCUUCCCUGAAAACAGUGUUGUGAUCAUGCCAUCAGUUUUCAGAAGGGAGAAGAGCCCCCAGCCCCUCUCCAUCACCCUCCCUCAGGCGUCACAGAGCUACCGCUGCAUCGAGGCCUUCAAAACCAAGGACACCAAGAACAAACCCUUCACAGUGGCUCAGAAGGAGAUUGUGGAAGUGCUGAUCAAGGACAUGACUGGCUGGUGGCUGGUGGAAAAUGCAGACAAGCAGAUAGCCUGGUUCCCAGCCUCGUACCUGGAAGAGCUGGAUGCCUGUGAGGACAUCCAGCCUGCCCUCAGCUCAGACGAGGAGGGCAGCCUGUACUUUGUGGUGCAGCCCUACGAGGCUCAGAAGGCAGACGAGCUCUCGCUGCACCAGGGCGUGGUGGUGGAGGUGCUCAGGAGAUCCCACCACGGCUGGUGGCUGAUCAGGUACAAUGGCUGCACUGGCUACCUGCCCUCGCUGUGCCUCAGGCCCUACCUGAACCCUCACCACCACCUCCAGAGCAUCCUGAGCUGCGGCCUCAACACAUCCACCCCGAACCUCAGCUCGCCAUGGCCGCGGGCCCAGCCCGUGCCCCAGCCCAGCCCUGAGGGCCCCAGCAGCUCUCAGAGGAGCAGAUCCUGCCCUCUGCCCAGGGCCAGCUCCAGCCCACAGCUGGAUUUGGGUUCGGAUUUGGACAGCUCUUCCCUGAGCUCGGCGAGCGAUGGCAAAGCCGAGCUGGAGCAGGCCCGGAGCUCGCCCGGCGCGGCCUUGUCCGGCUGCAAAUCCCCACAGCUCAGGGACAGCAGCGACUCUGGCUGCCUGGAGUCCUCCACAGCUGAGCUCAGCUCGUCCCUGGCUGAGCCCGAGGUGGCCACAGGUGUCCCCAAGGUGCCAGCCCGGCCCUCGACCCAGGAGAUCCUGCAGCGCUGCAGCACCGUCACCAAGCGCGCCCUGCAGCCAUCGGCCCCGCGGCCCGGCCUGCCCGGCCCCAGCAGGGGUUAG